AUGGCUCAGCGCUGGCAGUCGUUGGUACAAUUCCAGACAGGCGUCCUUCAUCCCAAGAGCAAAGAUGGAUCUUUCAAAAAGCAGCGUAUUUUAACCGUUCCCGCAGGGGCACAGGGUUCUACAGGGCCGCUUCAGAAGGGUUUACCCACCCUCCUCUCCCGCGACACCCAUUUCAGCGUUACAAACAACUUUUGCUCAGGACCUGGACGGAACAACAAACAAGAGCAGGCUGAUGAGAGCAGGACCUACGUGGAUACUGUAAGACACAAGACCGAUGAUUAUAUGGAAGUCUCUGCUGAGGAGAACUCGGGGAGCCCAGGUAGCAGCAUGAGCUUCACUCCAGAUACACGCCGGGAUCUCCUUUGUGGGAAGACGGUUCCUCUUCCUUCGCAGCCCUCCAGCCUGGUCCGAAUCUUCAUCAGCUCAGUUUUUUCAGACAUGGCUACAGAACGAGAGACCCUCCUGGAGAAAGCGUACCCAGAAGCACAGGCCUUCUGUCAGAAGCAUGGCCUAAUGUUUGAGGUAAUUGACUUGAGAUGGGGUAUUUCUGAGCUUGUAGACACAGAUCCCAGAAACACACAACUCUGCCUGGAGGAAAUUGAAGCCUGUCAGAAACUGUCAGCUGGUCCCACCUUCAUCGGACUCCUGGGGGACUGCUGUGGCCACCAAACUGUGCCUCGGCUCACUGCGGAGAAGGAAUUUGAGGCCCUAACUCUGCAGCUGUCAGGGGACUCUGCCCAGCUCCUGACACAGUGGUGCCGGCGGGAUGAGAACGCGCUGCCCACCUGCUGUGUGCUGCAGCCGGCUGACGGGGAGGCCUGGCACUGCCUGGAGAGACGCCUGGCCUCAGCGCUGCGCGCCGCAGCCCAGAAGGCAGAGAGGUGCGGGCUGCUCGGCCCAGAGCAGAGGCACUGCUACCACAAAUCAGCAAAAAUUGCAAGCCAUUAUCCCAAACACCUCAAAGUACACGUGCUGGCAUACAGCAAAGACUCUGGGAACCCUCAGUGCAAGGAGAAUAACGAAUACCUGAAACAACUUUGUGAGCAGUUCACUGCUGUCACUAAUCACCAGGUUUUAGAGAAUCUUCGAUGCCGAGGAUGGAUCGGUGAGGAGCCAGGGCGACGUCUGCAGGAGCUGGGCCGCGACACAGCUCUGUGCCUGAAGAACUGCAGAUUUGUCUGUGGGAGACAGAAUUUAUUGGAUACCAUUUUUCACCAUAUUAGGCAGAACAACAAUAAAACCCACGCAGCCCUCAUCCUUUAUGGGCCACCAGGCUGUGGAAAAACAGCUGUGAUGUGCAAACUGUCUGAGCGGAUGCAAGCUAUUUUAGGGCAAGGCACCAUAGUGGUGAUUCGUCUGCUGAGGACAUCCCAGCUCAGUUCUGCUAUUCACAGCCUGCUGAGGGACAUUUGUCUCCAAGUGUGUUUAGCAUUUGAUUUGCCACCACCUCCAACCCAGACCAAACAGGCUUGCAGUGAUUUAGUCUUGUUCCUCAAUAAACUCCUCCUCACUGUCUCCCGUUGCGGCACACAAACACUGAUGUUGUUCCUUGACUCGGUGGAGAGAUUACGUCCUGGUGAUGGCGCUCACAGAUUCCACUGGCUCCCUACAGAUUGCCCUCCAAAGGUCCACAUCAUCAUUUCCAUUUCCACAGCAGAGCCUGAUACUCUGAAAGCUCUCCAACACGCUGUGCCUGAGGCUGAAGCGUACUUUGAAGUAGGACCCUUAUCCUGUGAGGAAGGUGAGGAGAUGCUAGAGAUGCUCUUAGCAUCAGACAGCCGACGGCUAAGCCCAGCUCAACGGGCCUAUUUCCGUCAGAGCUUCCCUAGUGGUGGGCAAGCCCUGCUCUUCAAGCUGGCCUUCCACGAGGCCAGAAAAUGGGCAUCUUCUUACACCUCACCUGCAGAACUAGUGAUUGCUAGCACAGCCCAGGACACCAUGUACCAUCUGUGUGAGAGACUGGAAAAGUCACACGGCACCGUCCUUGUGGCUCAUGUGCUUGGCUAUAUUGUCGCCUGCAGAAAUGUGCUGUCAGACAUGGAAUUGAAGGAUGUUUUAUCCCUUGACGAUGAAGUUCUCUCAAAGAUUCACCACUGCCACCUUCCUUCAAGUAAAAUUAUCCUGCGCCUUCCUCCUCUCCACUGGGCACGGCUACGCAGUGACAUGGGAGAGUGCCUGGCAGAACGGAAGGCAGACGGCUUCACCCUUCUUUGCUUUGCACACAGAUUUCUUCAAGGGGACUUGGAGCCUCUUAUGUUGCCACACUUUAGCACAACCUUGAAUGCUGACAGGCAGGUAGCCCCUCAGCCACUCUGGUUCUCUGAUACUGUUGCAAAUCUGAGGAAGCCGAGUGAAUCGCCAUUUCAUUUACUUAAUGCUGGAUGAAUUGAGGAGCUAAAACGGGAUGUGCUGGAGAAUAUGAACUGGAUCAGCUGUAAAAUAAUCGCCUCUGGAACAGAGAGUGUUGUUGACGACUUUGCCACGUGUACCAAAUGCAUCAGCUGUCCAGAACUACGCCUCGUGCAGGACACACUUCUCCGUUUGAAGCCUGCAGUCAGCAGUAUCCACAGCCCCAAAGUGAGUGUAAUAUACACAGAAAUGCUGGCCAGGUUUCUUUUUUUCGUGCCUUCUUACCCGGAGGUAAUCGGGAAGCUGUGCCAGCAGUGCCUAAGCUGGUGCAGCGUCUGUCCCUAUCCUGUUCUCAUUCCACUGUGCGGAUUUCUCCAGCCACCUGGUGGGCCCCUACGCACAACGCUCACCAGAUUCCUCAAAGGUGUCACAGUGAUGGCACUUAGUUCUGAUUACCGGCUGCUGGUGGCAGGUUCCCAGCGCUCAAUGCUUGUCUGGAACAUGGAAGGUUAUGAGAUGCUGCACGCCCUUCCUGGGCACGCCACUGAGGUGAGGUGUGUGAAAGCGUUUGGAAAAGGAACCUGUGCUGUUUCAGCUGCCAUGGAUCACAGCCUGCGCAUCUGGAAUUUGAUUUCUGGCAGAGCAAGGUUUAUUAUCCAGGACACGCAUAUCAAAGAACAGCCCUCAUAUGACCUUCAUGUGGAUGAGGGGCGCAGGAUUGUAUAUUCUUCCUCAGAUACAAAGGUCAACACUUGGCGCCUGGAGACAGCAGAACUCAUCUUCCAGAUUUCUGGAGAGGCAUCAGAUGCAUGGAUGUGUUCUGCAGUACUCAGCCCAAGGCUGGUGAUUAUGACUGUGUCUGAAGGAGGAACACUGAGUCUGUGGAACAGCAACACCGGUGAGCUGAGAUCCAAACGUCAGCUCUCAGGGAUACAGGAAGAAACACCAACCUCCAGUGUUCUGAUCCAGAAGCAAGGGAAGAUGAUAGUGGGAUUUAGCAGGGGAUCUCUAUCCAUGGUGUGGAGUUUAUCAGAGCAGGGGUUGCUGAUGGACACACUGGAUGGCAUGGGAGCACCAGUAACACUCUUCGCCCUGUGCGACUGCACACUGGUUUCUGUCUCCCACAGUGCCCCGUAUCUAGGAGUGUGGAACCUCAUUUACAAUCAUCAGCAGAAAACCUGGGCACCUGUCCCAAAUACAGGCUGCGCUGCACUGUCCCACGGGGGGAACUAUGCCUAUUUUACUCAACCUGAAGAACAUAAAGUUGUCAUCUGGAACGCCACAGAAGGUGAAGUGUGUGACACCCUGGACACCUCUGCCCAAGUGAGAUGCCUGGAAAUAGCUGAGCAAAACCAGCUCCUUUUCACGGGGCUUAUAUCUGGAACAGUCCUCGUCUUUCCCCUGAACUCCAAGCAGGAUGUAGCAUACAUCCCACCUCCAGAAUCACAAAAAUCAGUCAACGACAUGGCAAUCAACAAGCAGGAAAAGCAGCUUGCCAUAGCAUGCGAUGAUUUAGUCCUUGUGUUGGAUAUUAUCCCUGCAGAUCCAUGCCCAGUGAUCAACAGGCCCACCUACACCUUUAAAACUCAGAUCCCUGGCUCUCUCAUUUCGAGAGCAGCUGUCCUUGCAGAUUACAGAGUCCUCUACGGCAUGACUAGCGGGGACUUAUUCCUUUAUGACUGCCCUCAGGCCCGAGUGUUUCCUUUGGAAGGUCACAGAAGCCAGAUCUCCCGUUUGGAAAGCAGCCACGGAGAGCAGUGGGCACUCAGUGGAUCUGAGGAUUCCCUGCAGCGCCUCUGGGACUUGGAGUUCUGUCGGCAGGAACACGAGAUGUGCUAUUGUAAGCCCACAUCUCUCCUGAAAGGCAUUUGCUGUGCUUGCUUCUCAAAAGAUGAUAAGUACAUGUACACUGGGUCGCUGGAUCAGUCCAUUACAGUCUGGGAUGUUGCAAGUGGUGCCUUGCUGGCUGUACAGUGCAUAUACACAACUGCUAACAGAAUUGCACCAACAGCAGAUGGAUUUGUCGCAAUAACAAAAGCUGGUUAUAUAAUUUGUGAGAAGUUUCAGUGUCCCAAGACCACCCCUCCUGGGUAUAACCCGCUCCAGAACAUCGUGGCAACGCGUACAGUAAAAUCCAGAGAGAAAGGCAGGGAAAACUCAAGCAAGCAACAGUACAACCAAGGAAAUUCUGGGAGCCUGAUUCAUACCAGCAAGCGCUCUCAACUCUGUUCAGUGGCGUAA